UAGAUUUCCCCAAGGCUAUAUUUAUCUUCAGCAUCCUCUUUAAAUUGUUUUUAUCAAAGUUGGUCAUGGGAGUUAUCACUUGUGAAUGGCAGGUGGCCACCACAGUCCCCCCAGCCAAAAUGUUCAAGACGUUUCUCCUGGACUCUGAAAUCCUCCUCCCCAAGAUUUGUCCCCGCGCUAUUAAGAGUGUUGUCAUUCUUGAAGGAGAUGGAGGACCUGGCACCAUCAAGCAAAUUAACUUCAAUCAUGGUAGCGAAUUAAGUCAUGUGAAGGAAAGGAUUGAUGCCAUAGACAAGGAGAAUUUGACAUAUGACUACUCUGUGAUUGGAGGUGAUCCUGCCCUUCUGAAUAAGGCACUUGAUAAAAUCUCUUUUCAGAUUAAGGUUGAAAGCUCCCCUGAUGGAGGAUCCAUCUUCAAGCGCAGCAGCAAGAGUUACACUAUUGAUGGUGCUGAGGUGAAUGAAGAGGAAAUUAAGGCUGGACAAGAAAAGGCCAUGGAAGCCUUUGUGGGAAUAUUCAGGGCCUUUGAAGCCUACAUCUUGGCAAAUCCUGAUGUCUAAUAUUUUUGCAUGGCUAUGAUAGAGUGAAGGCUCAAACGCCAACACUCCAAUAAUAAGAGUUUAAAUUUUUAAUACAAUGUUUUUAUAUUUAAAUUGUGCUAAGAUUGAAAUUGUAAGAUUAUGGAAAAUAGAGAGCUAUUUACGAUUUGAUUUGCUCAAAGAA